AUGUUACCGUGCCGUGUGUUGUACCUGUUGGCCAUUGUGCUCUGUUGUGUGAGUGUGAGUGGAACCACAGAGACUGGCGCUGUUGAAAAUGAAAUCAGUAUAGAUCCUAAAAACAUUUCUGAUUUGGCAGAACUAGCCGUUGAAUCGGUCAAAGCGGCGAAUGCGACGAGGAAUAAGAUUUUGCAGUUGAAGGAUGAAUGUAUUGCUGCUGCAAAAAAUGCCACUGACUUAACCAGAGAAGCCAAAGAGUUCGUCGCGAAAAUUAAUAAGUUGGUCAAAGAAGCGGAGAGUAAUCCAUCUGAUGGGGAGGCUGAGAAGAAGAAGGGCGUUGAACUUCUCGAGAAAGUGAAGAGGGCCGCAGCCGUUGCAGAAAAUGCUGCACGGUUAACUAAAGAAGCAACAAAACUUCCGAUACUUAAAUACGGAGAGACGGCUCGGGAACUAUUAGUUGAUUUUAGGUACUCAUAUGAUAAAAUGAAGCCAUCGCAGACUACAUCAGAUGAAAGUGAGAAACUAACACAGUUGGAGAAUCUUCACGAAAAGGUAGAAACUGCAUUCCCUUACAGAAACGAAACGGCUCUGGCAGAAAUCUCGUUAGGUGCCCUCGUCGCCGUAGAAGAUGCU